UGCUUUCUCUCGAUGUUCUUUCCACAGGCACCAUCUCUGUUCUCCCUCGUUUUAAUGGCGUGAGUGCGUAUAAUACGUAUGUGGCAGAGUAACCGUAUUUGGAAAUCUAUUUUUUCUGCUCUUCUGCAUCUUUGCAUGUCUCACCGACUCCUCUGAUAACACAAGCCCAAAUGCGACAAAAUGAAAAUAAAAUGGGAUUAAAUUUUGAAGCACCAUUUCAAGGAUGGUCACCGGCGCGAACGCCCAGAAGAGCUGGUAAUCUCUUUUGGGUAUCUGCUAUUCAGUCUUGCUGAAUCGGUUUCUGAUCUUGAAGAAAUUGAGAUAGAAGAAAAAUAUUGCUGAAAAGGUAUGAAGGGCGAAGAGGAGCUUGAAAAACUGUUGAAUGAGAUCCCUCAUGCCACAUCUCUCAAUCUUCUUAACCUUCUUCACCAACAGAAUCAUCACGUACCUGUUCAUGGUGGCCAUUGUCACGGCUCUACUACAAAGACAAUUCAUGGCGUUUAUGGCAUGUAUGAGGAUGACCCAUCAUGUUAUCAUAAGUAUACGUGUGCCUCCCCUGUUAGUGGAGUCUCGCUGCAGUCCCAAGGCUCUUCGUCUUCGAGUUCAUUCUCUGGUGGGUUGUCCUCACCUGACGACGGAUCACCAACUCCUCCUCCACUGGAGGAGAUUAAAUCCCAGGUAGCACCCAGGAAUACCCAUUAUCCAAAUGUAUUGUGGCCGGACUCCAAAUUCUUAGAUUCCCCUGCGGCGAAGAAAGCCGAUGAGAACUUGAUGGACGAACUGAGUCUGUCUGGGGACUUAAGUAAAAUGCAUAUAAGAGAUGAUCAAGAGGUUCUAUCGAUGAACAGAGCAUUUCAGAGAGAGCCUUACAGUGGGUUUUGGUAUAAUGAUCAUUCACCAGUCAGGCGAAAUCAUGGAAAUGUGGAAAAGAAUAAUGGUUCUUUUGAAGGUUGUACCAGAGAAAUUUCUGAUUAUGGAGACCUUAACUACUCUGGUUCCACGGCUCAAAAUAAUUUAGACGAGGAGAUGCUGUCGGCAUUGUGGAGAAUGCAACAGGGAUCUCAUAUUGGUAAUUUAUCAUGGCCCUGUUUCUCUCCCCGUCGACCUGAUGUGCAAUUUUCUCAGCCAAGUUGCUUCGUAGACCAAAUCAAUUCUCCAUGGGAGCAUGCAAACAAUGUAACCUUAAAUAAUUUGCAACUCCGAGCAGAUUCUGCUUUUGGUAGGAGCUCGUACCAUAGGGGAAUUCGGGUACCAAAUGUAAUCCCUUCUUUAAUUAGGCCUUCUGCUAACGAUUCUUUCCUAUUCUCACAGCAAAAUGGGAUAAAUUCUAGUGGAGACAGGGUUGCAUUGAAUUCACCAAGUUCUCAUUUGACACAUUUAAAGCUGCCUUCGGGUGUAGACAAUCAACUGGGUUACACCAUUCCAAUAUUAAACAGAAGGGCAGGAGAAAUUCCCAACAGUUGGGCUGCUCAAUCUGUACCAUCAAUGAGAAAUAUGCAUGAUCUUGAGGCAUUUAAUUGUGAGGAUAGCAUCAUCAUACAGGGAAAAGGAUUGAACUAUGUGAUCAACAAGGGAAAUGAUCACUCAAGAGGACAUAAAAAAGGUUGUGGCAAUGCAAUUGUCACAGGACACCUAUGGGAUAAGAGUUCUGAGUUGGAUGGUCAAUUCCGCUCUGGAGGAAUCCCUACUAUGAGUUCUGAAAAUGGUUGCAGUCCACGGAUUUAUUGCCCUUUUCUGCCACCAAAAUAUAAUUCCUUGCUGGAAGUCCAAGGCUAUAUAUACUUCAUAGCAAAGGAUCAGCAUGGUUGUCGGUUUUUGCAAAGGAUAUUUGACGAAGGGACACCACGGGAUGUGCAAAUAAUAUUUAAUGAAAUUAUCAAUCAUGUGGUAGAACUUAUGAUGAAUCCAUUUGGGAACUACCUUAUGCAGAAACUUCUUGAUGUCUGCAAUGAAGAGCAGAGAAUGGAGAUUCUGCUCAUGGUAACAGAAGAACCAGGAGAACUUGUCAAGAUCUCUUUAAAUACACAUGGCACCCGUGCGGUACAGAAGUUGAUUGAAACUCUCAGAACCAGAAAGGAGAUUUCAAUGGUUAUCUCAGCCCUUGAACCAGGCUUCCUUCAUCUAAUUAAGGAUCUUAAUGGGAAUCAUGUUGUGUCUCGCUGCUUGCAAUGCCUUAGCACUGAAGAUAAUAAGUUCAUUUUUGAUGCUGCUGCAAAUUUUUGUGUUGAUAUUGCAACUCAUCGACAUGGCUGUUGUGUUCUGCAACGAUGCAUUGCUCAUUCAACUGGAGAACACCGAGAGAAGUUGGUUGCAGGAAUUUCUGCCAAUGGACUACUUCUUGCACAGGAUGCUUUUGGAAAUUAUGUUGUUCAGUAUGUCUUAGAGCUAAAGAUCCCAUCUGCUACCACCAAUUUGAUUUCUCAGUUUGAAGGGAAUUAUGUUCACCUCUCUACACAAAAGUUCAGCAGUAAUGUGGUAGAAAAAUGUCUUAAGGUAUUUGGAGAGGAGAAUAGGUCCCGUAUUAUUCAUGAAUUGCUCUCAUCACCUCAAUUUGAGCACUUGCUACAAGAUCCAUUUGCAAACUAUGUCAUUCAAUCUGCACUACUUGUUAGCAAGGGUCCUCUCCAUGCUUCAUUAGUUGAUGCAAUUCGGCCACAUGCAUCCAUCCUACGCACCAGCCCAUAUUGCAAGAGGAUUUUCUCACGGGCCCUAUUGAAGAAAUGAUGUACAUUCUCAUGGUGGUACAAAAACUGUUGUUGUUCUUCAUUAUAACCAACAUAAUUUUGGUAUGCUAGAAUCUUCUAUCUAUGGCUAUCGAAUUUAGAAUUUUCAACUGUAACAAUCAGUUUCUGAUAAGCUGAAUAUUACUGGACGAUUCAGGUUCCAUGGGCAUGUCUCCCAUGUGUUUUGUAGAGUGUAAAAAGAAAUAAGCAAUUUUGCCUUAAGUUUCUUACUUGUGGAUACACGGAUGUAUCAUUCUGUUUAUUUUGAUUUUGAAUAUCAUCAUCUUUCAAGAAUGGAAUAGGCAUCAAAUGAGAUUGCGAAGUGUAGCUAGUCA